AUGUCGCAAAGAUUACAAAGUAUUAAGGAUCAUUUGGUGGAAAGCGCUAUGGGAAAAAGUGAAGCGAAGAAGAAGAACUCACUAUUGGAGAAAAGACCAGAUGAUGUGGUCAUUGUAGCUGCUAAUAGGUCUGCUAUCGGUAGGGGCUUCAAAGGCGCUUUCAAGGAUGUGAACACGGACUACUUGCUGUACAAUUUCCUCAAGGAGUUCAUUGGGAGAUUUCCGGACAUUUUAAGGGAUGACUUGAAGUUAAUCGAAGAAGUUGCUUGCGGAAACGUUCUGAAUGUGGGAGCAGGUGCUACGGAGCACAGAGCUGCAUGCUUGGCGAGUGGUAUCCCCUACUCAACGCCAUUUGUCGCUCUGAACAGACAGUGUUCCUCGGGUUUGACCGCGGUAAACGACAUUGCCAACAAGAUUAAAGUCGGGCAAAUCGAUAUUGGUUUGGCAUUGGGUGUGGAGUCGAUGACCAAUAACUACAAGAAUGUCAACCCCUUGGGUAUGAUCUCCUCUGACGAGUUGCAGAACAACCGCGAGGCGAAGAAAUGUCUAAUACCAAUGGGCAUCACAAACGAAAAUAUUGCCGCCAAUUUCAAGAUCAACAGAAAGGCCCAGGAUGAAUUCGCUGCCAGCUCUUACCAAAAAGCUUACAAGGCGAAAAACGACGGGCUCUUUCAAGAUGAAAUUUUGCCCAUAGAGUUACCAGACGGCUCAGUCUUCCAGUCCGAUGAAGGCCCACGUCCCAACGUUACCGCAGAAUCGCUUUCGAGUAUCAAGCCUGCCUUUAUCAAAGAUAGAGGCACCACCACCGCGGGUAAUGCUUCUCAGGUCUCCGAUGGUGUUGCCGGUGUCCUAUUGGCUCGCAGGUCCGUUGCCAACCAAUUAGACUUACCUGUGCUAGGUCGGUAUAUCGACUUCCAAACAGUGGGGGUCCCACCUGAAAUCAUGGGUGUCGGUCCCGCAUACGCCAUACCAAAGGUUCUGGAAGCCACUGGCUUACAAGUUCAGGAUAUCGAUAUCUUUGAAAUAAACGAGGCAUUUGCGGCACAAGCUCUCUACUGCAUCCAUAAGCUCGGGAUCGACUCGAACAAAGUAAAUCCAAGAGGCGGUGCAAUUGCAUUGGGCCAUCCAUUGGGCUGUACUGGUACAAGGCAAGUUGCUACUAUACUAAGAGAGUUGCAAAGCGAUCAGAUUGGCGUUGUUAGUAUGUGUAUCGGUACUGGUAUGGGCGCCGCAGCUAUCUUCAUUAAGGAGUAG